UUAUAUUUAUACAGGAUUGGAGUGCAUGCCACAGUUCAUUACUAGUUCUGUGUGGCAAGAAGACGGGCAGAGACUGUCUGCUUUCAGAAUGCUGUCCUCAGUCUACCUGCUGCUGUUCCUCUCCUGUGCUGUACUUCCCAUCUCUGCAAGUGAUAAGUUCCUGGUUACAGCUCCCAGUGUUUUCCAUGUGGGGGUGAAGGAGCGAGUGUCAGUCCAGUUGUUCCAAUCUACCCAUGAUGUUUCAAUCUACCUGGAGGAUGAGACAAGUGGCCUGCUUGUGUCCAACAAAGUCACAAUUUCACCAUCUGGGGAGGGGACCAUACACACUGUGGAGCUGGAGGUGAACACGGACAAAAUACCAGAGCUGGCCAUCUUCAGAACAGAGACCCCAUAUUUGAUGCUGGUGUAUGAUGACCAACCAAACAAGAGAGACAAGGUCAGAGUGCUUGUUUCACAGCACAGAGGAUACAUCUUUAUUCAGACCGACCAGCCUAUAUACAACCCAACACAGAAUGUUAAGUACAGGAUUUUUGCCCUGGAUCAUUCCAUGAGACCCCAUUCCAAGCCUGUACAUAUCAGAGUCGUUAAUUCUGGAGGGAAUACUGUGAAGAGACGGCUCAAGAUUCCAGAAGACGGGAUCUCCUCUGACUACCUUAAAAUUCCUGAUGUUUCAGAACCCGGUGUGUGGAAGAUUGUGGCACAUUAUCAAGGAGAUGAAAAGAAUGCUGUCACACGAGAAUUUCAUGUCAAAAAGUUUGUGCUCCCGAGUUUUGACGUGUCCAUCGACCCUGAAGAGAGCUAUUUUCUUGUGGACCGGGAGAAGUUCGAUUUCACCAUCCUUGCCUCCUACUCAUAUGGUGAGACUGUAAAUGGAGCAUUUCAUUGCCGAUUCGGAGUGAGAGAGGAGGGGGCAGACGGCAGAGAAGAGGGGAAAGCACAGACAGUAUUCAUCAGGGGACUGGAAGAGACAGGAUCGGUGAAGGAUGGGAAGGCGGUGGUCAGUGUCCAGAGGAGCCGAUUGCUUAACCUCCUAAAUCGCAACAAGAUCGAUCCAGUUGACAUGAGACAGCUGGCACAGAAUGGAGCACAAUUUUACAUCACUGCAUCUGUCACUGACAUCAACAGUGGGGAACUCCAGGAAGCCGAGGCAGUUCUUCCAAUAGUUGAAAAACGCUACUCUGUGGACCUUUCCAGGACUCGUUCUCAUUUUAUUCCUAAAGCCCCUUUUAAAGUCCAGGUCAUGGUCCGACUCCCUAAUGGGUCACCAGCCCCACGCGUCAAAGUGGAGAUUCAAAUUCCUGUUUCCGAUCCUCAAUCCCAAACUGCCACAACAGAUUCGGAGGGAGGAGUCAAUGCCUUCUUUUCUAUUCCAGACAAUACGGCUGCUGCAAAAAUUACUGCAAUAGUAGAUGGUCAUCAGUAUGAGAUGACUACUCUUCCCGCUUUAUCACCCAGUGGAAGCUUCCUUUUCAUAACCAUGAACUCAGGGGUUGUGACCCCAGGAGUGGGUAUCUCAGCUGACAUUGACUUUGUUCCAGUUGGAGGUGCUCCAGUGGAUGGGAAUAUUUAUUAUCUGGUUCUCAGCAGAGGAGAGAUAAGGAAGUCGGGCAAGGUCAAGGCAGAAGGGAUUGUUGCAAGAAUGAUGCUCUCCAUAUCUAGUGACUUGACACCCUCAUUCCGGCUGAUUGGCUAUUACUACAACCAGGGUGGUGACAUCAUUGCUGAUUCAGUAUGGGUGGAUGUCAAAGAUGUAUGUGAGGGGAAGAUUUCCCUGUCUUCAAAAAAAAUGCAUCGUCCAGGGUUAAAAGCUGAGCUGGACAUAGAUCUGCAUGGUCAGAAAGCUAAAGUAGCCUUGCUGGCUGUGGAUAAAGCCAUCUAUGCACUGAAUGUCCACAACAAGCUCACCCCAAAACAGGUCUUCUCCUCCAUGCAGUCCUAUGACCUGGGCUGUUCAUACACUGGGGGACGCGACACGGCGGCCAUUUUCAACAAUGCCGGCCUUUCCUUCAUCUCUCAUUCCUCAACUUUCAAAUCGCAAAUGCGGAAAGACUUUGGCUGUGAGAGAGGCUUCAGGCGGCAGCGAAGGUCUCUCAACCUACAGCAGCUCAUGAUGUCCAAAGUGUAUAGUUACAAAGAUGAAAAGCUGCAGAAGUGUUGCCAGGAUGGCUUCACUCUGAUUCCCAUGAGGCUCAGCUGUGAAGAGCGAGCUCGGAGAGUGUCGCGUGGAGGGAAGGAGCAGGCCUGUGUCACGGCCUUCCUGGACUGCUGCCAUGAAGGGGUCAAGCAGAGGGACAUAAACAUGCACCAGGAAGCUCUCAAGGGACGGGGCAGGACUACUGAUGUGGGAGAAAUGGAGGACUUCUUUGACACUAAUGUCGGAGACAUCCGUCGCUUCUUCGACACUAGCUUUGAAUUUACAGAGGUCGUUGUUGAUGGGGUAGCAAAGUAUUCGUUAAUUAUGCCUGACUCCAUCACAACCUGGGAGAUUCAGGCUGUCAGCCUGUCUGCAUCACAUGGAUUCUGUGUGUCGGAACCCUACGAGAUGCGUGUGUUUAAGGAGCUGUUCAUUUCUCUGCGUCUACCCUACUCCGUAAAACAAUAUGAGCAAAUGUUCAUUACUGCUGUGAUCUACAACUAUGGACAAGAAGAAAGAACGCUGUCCAUCCAUAUGAAGUCAGAGGAGGGGCUGUGUUCACCUGGCUCAGCCUCCAGCCUCUCCUACCUUAAUGUCACUGUUUCACCUGGCUCUGCCAAAACAGUGACCUUCUCUGCGGUUCCCAUGGUCACUGGAAAGAUUCCUGUCACCCUACUGGUUUAUGACAAAGUUAUGGAAAUGGGUCUGGAUGCCAUUCAGAAGAGCCUGUUGGUUGUGACCGAGGGGAUAGAGAAGAGAGAGGAGAUGGGCUAUUUUCUUGACAUUGAUGUGAAACGUGGGAAGAGUUUUGAAAUUGAUGGAUAUUUGCCAAAUAGCACAGUUCCUGACUCUGGCACCAACCUGUUUGUCAGGAUUGAAGGUGAGGUUUUUGGCAAGUCCACAGUUCUGCCCCUGCUCUCUGCCUCGGGCGUGGGGGGGCUGCUACGGGCCCCAUUAGGAUGCGCUGAGCAGACCAUGAUCAGGAUGUCCCCCACGGCCCUGGCACUUCGCUACCUGGACCUUAGCCAGGGAUGGAUAGAACUUCCCCCAGAGACCAGAGACACAGCACUCACUCACAUAGAAAAUGCUUAUUCCAGAAUCCUGACAUUCAAGAAGGACAAUGCUUCCUAUGGAGCAUGGCUAGACUAUCCUGCUAGCAACUGGCUGACAGCCCUUGUGGUGAAGGUCAUGUGUUUAGUGUUGGAUCGACAACUGGCUGGAAGGGGAGAGCAAGGGCGGCAGAGCGUGCAGUUUGUGUCUGAGCAGGAGAUCUAUCAGUCAGUCAAAUACCUGAUCUCACAGCAGAACAACGGAGUCUUCAAAGACCCCAAUCCAGUCAUUCACAGAGAAAUGCAGGGAGGCGUUGGGGGUGUGGAGGGUGAUGUGUCCCUCACUGCCUUCAUAACCAUAGCUCUGCAUCAUUCCUUGCCUUUGCUGAGUGAGGAGAAGAAGAAAGAUGUGGAGUCCAGUAUCUCUGCUUCCAUAGCCUAUCUCAUCUCUCGUUUUGACUCUCUGGAGAGACCUUAUGCUGUGGCCAUCACUGCAUACUGCCUGGCCCUAUGCCGCCAUGAAGAUCAAAACCUCGCCCUCUCUGCCUGGGGCAAGCUCAAAAAUCUGACUACUGAAGAGGGAGAAUGUCGGAUGUGGGUCUCUAGAUCUGACCUGAGAUUGGCCAAUGAGAAGCAAGGUCACAAGGUUCCACCCCCUCAGGCUAUCACAGUAGAGACCACAGCCUAUGCCCUUCUGACAGCAGUGGCCAAUAAGGACAUGGAGUGGGCAGAUUCUGCAGUCUGUUGGCUCUCAAAGCAGGAGAACUAUGGAGGGGGUUUCAAAUCCACCCAGGACACAAUAGUGGCACUGGAGGCCCUCGCUGAAUAUGCGUUAAGCAGACCAUCCGCACCCUCCUCAAAGCUGGACCUGCGGUUCACUGCACCAGGAAGGAAUGAGAAGGCAACGUUGACCAUGGAAAAAGCUGGGGAGAGAGUGGAAGCUGAACUGAAGAGGCUGCUAGGAAGCAAGAUUAUUGUACACGCAUCAGGACAGGGAAAAGCCAAAAUGAAGGUGGUGAAGGCAUAUCAUGCCCUUCAGCCUGAGGACACCUGUCAGUUUCUGUCAAUCAGCAUCACGGUGCAGGGCAAGGUUAAAUACACAGGUGAAGUGAUAGAUAACUAUGACUAUGUGGAUGAUGAAGAAGGGGAGAGAAAGGAGGAGGUGGAAGAGAGAGGCAUCGCUCAUUCAAAGAUAGAGUGGUUUGAUGCUCGCAGUAGACGCAGGAGGAACACUGAUGAGAACCAGAAGACAGAUGUGGAGUAUGUGGUCUGUGUCAGCCAUGACCUGAGCAGGAACCUCUCUGGCAUGGCUAUCGCUGACAUUACGCUGCUUAGUGGCUUUGAGGCAGUGACUGCAGAUCUGGAAAAGCUAAAGGCUCUAUCGGACCGGUACAUAUCUCACUAUGAGACCACGCAGGGAAGAGUUCUAUUGUAUUUUGACGAGGUUCCAGAGGGAAAGGAGUGUAUAAUGUUUGGAGCUGUGCAGAGAGUUCCUAUAGGCCUUCUGCAGCCCGCUCCUGCUUCUUUCUAUGAUUACUAUGAACCAGACAGGAAGUGCACUGUAUUCUACAGUGCCCCCCAGAGGAGCAGAAUGGUAUCAACUCUGUGUUCAGGGGAAGUGUGUCAGUGUGCAGAAAAGCCCUGUCACAAGGAGAAAAUGACCUUCGAGUUGAGCCAAACAACGAACAUACGUUUAGACUUUGCCUGUUACUUUCCCACAGUGGAAUAUGGUUAUAAAGUGAAAGUUGACCUCAUGUCUGAACAGAGUAACUUUGAGCUCUACCACACCACCGUGAUAGAUGUUCUCCGAGCAACCGGUGAUGAAAGUGUUGCAAAGGGGAGUGUACGGGUGUUUGCUAAGAGGCGCCAGUGUAAAGGGAAGCUCCAGAUGGGCAAGACCUAUCUCAUCAUGGGCAAGGACGGCACCACCACUGACACACAGGGACAGAUGCAGUACCUGUUGGACUCCUCAUCCUGGGUUGAACAGUUUCCUAGUGAAACCCAAUGCCAAGCAUCCAGAAGAAAACCACAAUGCAGGGACCUGAACCAAUUUUUGUCCCAGUACCAGACAGAUGGCUGUACACAGUGAUGGUUUGCCAGUGAGCCACUGAAUCACACUCUGAUUCACUCUUAUUCAGAAUAAAGAAAUAUAAUGCCUAUACAA